AUGAAGGAGUCCUUUACGACCCCUGAUCUAUCUUUGGUGAGGACACAACAUAGUGAAAAAGGUACUGGUAGUUCUCGGCGAGCACAAGGAAAUCUCUCUAACGAUGAGAAUCGUGACUUUAUCAGCGAAUACAAGCGUAACUACUACAAAAAAGAUCCCCUUACACAUGUUAGACAGUAUGAACACCCACAGGUUUGUGUACACCAUGUUGAUCCUUCUUUUUAUACAACUACCAUGCAGGCUUCUUUUGGGCUCAGAGAUGUAGCCCCGCAGCGCGCUGGCUAUACUUCCCAGCUUCGUGAAGUCCGUCACAUGGCUACGGAUAAGUAUUUGACCACAAACCAGGCCACAUAUGGGGCGUAG